UAAAAUUUUGCUGUUUAUAAGAUUUCCAUAGAAGAGAAGAAAAAUAGGAAAGGAAAAAAAAACAGUGGAUGGGUGUGAGCUGGUAUGGGCGGGAUUACCGGAGGUCAAAUUCAACCCAACCCACUGAGACUCACAGACAGAACCGGCGUCGGACCUGGGUUCAAACCCAUCACCGAGUCACGAGUCCAAUCACCGAGUCAAUGACUCAGCUGAUUCAGCCACUACCACAUUGACCAGCCCACAUUCUAAAGACUUCAACUUUUCAUCUCUUUCAGUGACAGCAGCCCCUUCAACACAGAAACCAAAUAAAAUAGAGAAGAAGCUGAAGAUUUUGGGAGUAAAGAAAGGAAAGCAAAGAAAGUGGAGACAGAUUUGUCUGCCUCUCUCUCCAUCUCUCAACAGUUUCUAGUGGAGACUCAAAGCGUGUGAAUUUGAGGGCAUGUGUAAUUCUGGGGAGUUCUAUAGCAGUCAAACACAUGUACAUGUUUGAGAUUGUGUGUGUGAGAGAGAGGUAAGAUGGGCAUGGUUGGAUCUUUAUGAGCCAUGGUGGAUCAGCGAAGCAUAGUCUCUUGUGCCUUGUUUUUGGUGGUGGUGUUGCUGUUUGAGCCCACAUUUGAGCAACAGAGCCAGCCAUUGCCAUUGGGUUCAACCACUGAGCGAGUGGCUCUGCUUGAGCUCAGAUCGUCCUUAGGGUUGAGAAGCAGGGAUUGGCCCAUAAAAGCAGACCCUUGCAUAAUCUGGAGAGGGAUUUAUUGCCAGAAUGGAAGAGUUGUUGGGAUUAACAUUUCUGGGUUUAGAAGGACUCGACUUGGCAGUCAAAACCCACAAUUUUCAGUCGAUGCUUUAGCCAAUUUCACCCUUUUGCAGUCGUUUAAUGCCUCCAAUUUCUUGCUUCCGGGUUCCAUUCCUGACUGGUUUGGCCAACAAGUUAGGUCCCUGCAAGUGCUUGAUCUCACUUCUUGUUCUGUACUUGGUCCUAUUCCAUUGAGUCUCGGAAAUUCAUCAAAUCUAACUGGUCUGUAUUUGUCUCAUAAUAACCUUACUGGGACAAUUCCUGCUAGUUUGAGCCAGUUGUCUCGCCUUUCCGUUUUUAAUCUUUCGCGAAAUCGGCUCACUGGAUCCAUUCCUACUUCAUUUGGCAAUCUUCGGAAUCUUUCUGUGCUUGACAUUUCUGGCAAUUACUUAUCCGGCUCCAUUCCUCUGGGCAUUGGGACCCUCAUGAAGCUUCAGUAUUUGAACCUUUCAAGUAACAUGUUAACUGCUUCAAUACCUGCUCAACUUGGGGACCUUGAUAGCCUGGUUGACCUUGAUCUCAGUGCCAAUAUAUUGGUCGGGUCGGUACCUUCGGAUUUGAGGGGGUUAAGGAACUUGCAGAGAAUGAUAGUUGCAGACAAUUUGCUUAGUGGGACUUUGCCAGACAAUCUGUUUCCGACUUCAACACAGUUGCAGGUCAUAGUUCUGAGAAACAACGGUUUCACGGGGGGUCUUCCUAAAGUGCUGUGGUCAAUGGCCGGAUUGAGUCUUCUUGAUGUGUCUGGCAAUAAUUUCACUGGUCUGCUUCCCAAUUCUAGCUUGAAUGCUAAUGCCACUGCUGCAGUAUUCAAUAUUUCUCAGAAUUUGUUCUAUGGAAGUCUUACGCCUUUACUUGGACGUUUCAGUGUUAUUGAUAUUUCGGGAAACUAUUUUCAAGGUGGUGUACCAGGCUAUGUGGGCACUAGUGCAUCUCUUGAUCGCAACUGCCUUCGAAAUGUGAAGAAUCAAAAGACUUUGGCAGAAUGUUCAUCAUUCUAUAAUGGUAGGGGUUUGACUUUUGAUAAUUUCGGACAGCCAAAUUCUACACAACCUCCUCCUCCAGCAAAACCUCCUGGGAAGAGCAAUAAAAAGGUGAUCAUAUUAGCAGCAGUUUUGGGGGGAGUUGGUUUGAUUGUGCUCUUAGUGUUGUUUUUGGUGGUACUACUCCUAUGUUUACGCAAGAGGGGCACUACAACUGAAAGAGGGAUUGGUGUAGGGCCAAUUACUACAGGCAGCGGUCCACCACCGCCUGGAGGAUCAAUUAACUUUUCUAGUGUAGGAGAUGCAUUCACAUAUCAGCAGCUGCUCCAAGCCGCAGGUGACUUCAGCAAUACAAACUUGAUUAAAAAUGGUCACUCAGGGGAUCUCUUCAGAGGUGUCUUGGAAAAUGGGAUCCCUGUGGUCAUCAAAAGGAUUGAUUUACGCUCAAUGAAAAAGGAAGCAUACAUACAGGAAUUGGAGUUCUUUAAUAAGGUGUCACAUACAAGAUUUGUUCCCCUUUUGGGACACUGUUUAGAGAAUGAGAAUGAGAAGUUCCUUGUCUACAAAUAUAUGCCAAAUGGGGACUUAUCAAGUUCCUUGUACAAGAAAACCAACACAGUGGAUGAUAGUUUACAGUCAUUGGAUUGGAUAACAAGAUUAAAGAUUGCGUUAGGUGCAGCAGAGGGUCUCUCCUAUCUGCAUCAUGAAUGCAAUCCCCCCCUCGUUCACAGGGAUGUUCAAGCAAGCAGUAUACUUCUGGAUGAUAAAUUUGAAGUGCGACUAGGGAGCCUGACUGAUGUCUGUUCUCAAGAAGGAGAUACUCAUCAAAGCAGAAUUACCAGGUUGCUGCGGUUGCCACAGUCAUCUGAGCAAGGUGCUUCUGGUUCAUCGACAGCAUUAUGUGCCUAUGAUGUUUACUGUUUUGGGAAGGUAUUACUUGAACUGGUAACAGGUAAGUUGGGCAUCAGUGCUUCCAGUGAUGCUGAAAUGAAGGAAUUAUUAGAUCAGACGUUACCAUACAUCAGUAUAUAUGACAAGGAACUUGUGACAAAAAUUGUGGAUCCAUCUCUGAUUGUGGAUGAGGACCUAUUAGAGGAAGUGUGGGCCAUGGCUGUUGUGGCCAGGUCCUGCCUAAAUCCCAAGCCCUCAAGGCGCCCCCUAAUGAGAUAUAUUCUCAAGGCCUUGGAAAACCCUUUGAAGGUGGUGAGGGAAGAUAGUUCUGGCUCUGCAAGGCUCAGAACAACGUCUUCCAGAGGGUCUUGGAAUGCUGCUGUGUUUGGUAGUUGGCGCAGCUCGUCUGAGGUAGUGGUCAUACCAGGAGCCUCCACUACCAAAGGGGAAGGAGGGAGUGGCUUAAAACGUUCAGGAACCACCGGUUCACAGGGAAGUGGCCCAAAUGGUGGUGGUGAACUUUCAUCCUCACGCAGACGGCAUUCUAGGGAUAUAUUCCCUGAACCAUCUGGUGUACAAGAUGUAGAGAGACCUGACCAGGACUAGCAGAUUCAUGUUGAUUGUUCUUGAUUCUUUGUUAAUAAUACAGCAGGCUAAUUUGAGUGCCUGUUUGUUGGUGCUCCAGCAAGCUCUUCUUUGGUUUUUGGAGUUAGGUGGUGUUCCAAGCCAAUUUUUGUACAUGGGGGUGGUUCCAUGGUCCACAGCUUCUCUUAAGGGAUGCUGAAGUUGAAGUUGCAUAAAAUUGCUAUAUCUUUGGGAUGUUGAAUGUAGUUUGAGGAUGAACCUGGACUCACAGAAAAUUUGGUGAGAGAGAAGGAUCAGGGGUGCCAUCAGCGGAUAUGGUUCGUAUUUGUUGGAAGCGCAUGUUUAUGGCGAAAACAAGCUACAAAUUUUAUGUGUAAUUGAUUUGUUCUGUUCCUGUUCAGUUUCUGGUCAAUGUAAAUUGUAAUUGUCAAAGAUUACUUCAUUCAAAGCAGAUUUCACAUUUUGGUUCAGAAGGAAAACACAACACCAAAAAGGGAAUUGGAACAGAAGAGAGCUUCUUUAUAUACAGAGACUUUCCGGUUCUUGAUUGUUA